AGAUCGGUUGUUAGGUUAGUUGGUUUGUUGGGUGUGUUUGUUUGUUGGUUUGUUUAUUUCACUGGUUCGUUGUUGUUUGGUUGGUUGGGUAGGUUGAUGGGUAGGUCGGUCGGUCGGUUGGUCGUUUGAUCAUUAGGUAUCUCUACUGCUACUACAAGUAUUACUACGAUUUCGUGAUUACGAUUCAUACAUACAGUGGAGUAAGUGAGUGUUGUUGCUGGUGUUUCGUUUGUUAUUGUAUUUUUUUUUUGUACAAUUUUUUGUUAUUAAGUAUAUUAUUUGUUGUUGAUUUUUAUUUUCAAUCGUACAAACUCAUAGAUACUUACACAUACGCACACCUCAACAUGAAUAUAUUUUGUUUAGUAUUUGUCUUACAUCCACGACAAACUGUUGUUGAUUGACGGACAAACGAAUGGGCAAGCUCGUUCGCUCGCUUGCUCACUUUUACGAUCACUCUCAUUUAAUUCGUUUUAUUGACUUGACUCAAAUCGCGUAGUAUGUGUUAAAUCGUCGCUCAUUUAGCUCGUUUCGUUCAAAUGUUCGCAUUGUGGCAUUAGUCUUUGACGAAAGCGGAUACGGAUACGUUCAUACGCGGUUUCCAAAACGGUUAAAAUAAAGCGUUUUUUUUCAAAAAAAAUUCCUUUUUUUUUACAACAUUUCUCAAGCUCACACACAUAAAAACGCUUGUAAAGUUUUCAUUCAUUGUUGUUUUACUCCUUUAAAUUGUGUUGCGUAGUGUAAACGUUUGCACCAAACUAUUUGCGGCUUAAUUGUGAUUAAUUGAAAGAAAUUCUUUAAGAAUUUAAAAAAAAUCUUGUUUAAUAAAAAAUAUAUUAUUUAAUACAAUUGUGUUGUUUAUUUGUUAAAAACAAAUAAUUUUUUUAUUGGAAAAAAAGAACAGUGCCAUAUUUUAUAUGUGAUUUAUUAACAAUUCCUUAAAGGAAUUUAAAAAUUAUUAAAAAUAAUAUUACAAUUUUUUAUCAAGAGUUUAAUAGCACUAACCAAUGCUAUUUUGUGGAUUAAAUAUUAAUAUUUUUCCUGUGGAGUUAUAAAGAAAAAGAUUUUCUAUGGUUAUGGCUAUUGUGUUACUAAUGGCAAUUGCCAUUCUACUGGCCUUCUAUUGUAAUUUUGAUUUGCGUAAAUUUUCCGAGAGUUACAUCAAACCCUUGCUGAUAAAAUCCGAUCAAUUGCAUAAAUUUGCCAAAGAUUCAGAGGCUUCUAUAAUAACCGACAACGAUUACUAUCAUGCGCGUGAGAUACGGCCCAAAGGUGUGUGGGAUAUACCGGGUCCCAAAUCGUUGCCUUUGUUAGGGACAAAAUGGAUUUUUAUGGUGUUUUUUCGUAAAUACAAAAUGUCUACUUUGCAUGAAGUGUAUGCGGAUCUUAAUCGUAAAUAUGGUGAUAUUGUAUUGGAAGUUAUGCCUUCAGGCAUACCCAUAGUUCAUCUCUUUAAUAGAGCCGAUUUGGAAAAGGUAUUGAAGUAUCCCAGCAAGUAUCCCUUUAGACCACCCACCGAAAUUGUGGUCACCUAUAGACGUUCGAAACCCGAUCGUUAUGCCAGUGUGGGCAUAGUAAAUGAACAGGGUCCUACAUGGCAAAAAUUACGUUCAUCACUUACCUCCUAUAUAACAUCGCCCCGUAUAUUGCAAAACUUUUUGCCAGCCCUAAAUUUAGUGUGCGAUGAUUUUAUAGACGUUUUAAGGGCCCAACGUAAUCCCCACACAUUUGAGGUACGUAACUUUGAGGAUAUAGCCAAUUUAAUGGGCUUAGAGGCUGUCUGUACUCUUAUGCUGGGCAGACGUAUGGGUUUUCUAUCCACCAAUUCAGAACAACCGGAAAAAAUCAAACAACUAGCGGGUGCCGUUAAACAAUUGUUUAUAUCGCAACGUGACUCCUAUUACGGUUUGGGUCUGUGGAAAUAUUUCCCCACCAGAACGUAUCGUGAAUUUGCCCGUGCCGAGGAUACUAUUUACGAUGUGAUUUCGGAAAUGGUGGAUAAAGCAUUGGAAGAAAAUAAUGCCAAUUUCAUGCAUCACGACGAUGAUUUGCGCAGUGUCUUUUUGAAUAUAUUGGAAAUAAAAGAUCUGGAUAUAAGGGAUAAAAAAUCGGCGAUUAUUGAUUUUAUAGCGGCCGGCAUUGAAACGUUGGCCAAUACUUUACUAUUUGUUUUAAGUUCUGUUACUAGUAGUCCUGAGGUUAUUACUAGAAUAUUGGAGGAGUUUCGGGAAUAUCGUAGUACUUUAAUUUUACAAGACGCUUUUACAAAUGCCACCUAUACAAAGGCCUGCAUUCAGGAAUCGUAUCGCAUUAGGCCAACGGCGUUUUGUUUGGCGAGAAUUUUAGAAGAGGAUAUGCAAUUAUCCGGUUAUAAUUUAAAAGCAGGGACCGUAGUCCUGUGUCAAAAUAUGAUUGCCUGUCACAAGGACAACAACUUUAAAGAGGCCAAAACAUUCCGUCCCGAAAGAUGGAUCGACACUGAGGGUAAUUUUAGUGUAAAUAUUGAAAGUUCAACCAUAGUAGUGCCUUUUGGCAUUGGCAAAAGAACGUGUCCGGGUAAACGUUUUGUGGAAAUGGAAAUUGUGUUACUGCUGGCAAAGAUUUUACUUGCCUUCGAUGUUAGUUUUACCAAACCGCUGGAAACGGAAUUUGAAUUUUUAUUAGCGCCUAAAACUCCACUAAGUUUAGUAUUGCGUGAUCGUGUGUUUUGAAAACACCAACAGAAAUAAAUGUACAUAAAACUACAAAAAACAACAACUACUAUUAACCCACUAACAGCAAGGUUAACAUUAACAGCAGAAUGCUAACAAUAUUUAACAUAUAUUUUUUUUUUUUAACCAAGUAUUCAUUUAGUUCUAAGAGUUGCCAGUUUAAUAUAACACAAAAUAAAACCUUUUAAACUAUUAAAACCUCCUCUCCACCUCCUUCUUAAACCUUUAAAAACCGUUUUAACUUGUUUUAUAUAAAAUUUAAGCAUAGCAUAAAUUUUAUUAAAAAAAAAAAACAAAAAACAAUUGAUAUUUUUUUCUUGUAAUUAAUUAAAAUAAUUCUUUAUAAUUAUUAUUUUUUUGUUAGUUUUUAAGUAGCUGCAUUUUUUGAGUGUGUGAGAGUAACGAAAGACUGUAAACGAUUUGCAAUUUAAUGUUAUUUAUUAUAGAAACAGAGAAGAAAUAAAUAAAAAAAAAUAUUAAUAAAAAAUGGAAAAAUAUAUAAAAAUAAAAAAAU